CUCAUGGGAAACGUUAUUGGAUAUUGAAGGUCAAACAGGAGGAAAAUCAGUUUUUACGUUACAUGAUUUUGUACAGAAGUUUAAUACAUACCAGGAGAGGUUUGCAAUUUGCAAGUAAAUUUCUGCAUAUACAGUCUGCUCCACUACAAGGAAGCUUUAAUCGGCAACCGAAUAACUCAUGGACAUACAGAAUUAUAAACAAACUGUCUCAGAAGGACAAAAUGCUCCUGUACCAAGAAUUAUCUAAAACUGUUAGUGGAAAGCUAGACUGUUCAAUUAGCAAAUCAGAAACAGAAGAGUCUCCUGUGACAUAUAGUCAACUGAAGCUCGUUGUUGUAGGAAGCUGCCUUCCAUUUAUAGGCUUUGGUUUCUUGGACAACGCGAUUAUGAUAAUAGCUGGUGAAUAUAUCGAUUUGACAUUCUCAGCAAUGUUGGGUAUUUCGACCAUGGCCGGUAUGUAAAAUUGUCAUCAGAAUGUUUUUUUGUAGCGGCGGGUCUUGGGAACUUGGUUUCUGACCUUUUUGGAAUUGGGCUUGUUGGCUACGUCGAAAAGUUUAUAGAGAAGAUUGGUAUUACUGUCCCUCCCCUGUCUGCUACUCAACUUGCUUCUAACUCAGUUCGUUGGGCGGUAGCAAUAGGGCGAAUAGUCGGCAUUACUAUAGGAUGUCUAUUGGGCCUAUUGCCUCUUUUUUGGUUUAACCGAUCAGAAGAUGAAAAAUAAGGUAACUCCGUGAAAUAUCACCAUUUUUCUGGGUCAACUAUUAGAUAAAUGUAUUGAAGAGUUUAUAUUACAGUUUACCCCAUAGAUAUUGAUUUUCUAUCGACCAUUUUAAAUCCGAAGUAAUGGCGAUAUGAUUGAUAUUUUCUUACCAGUUAACAUUGUUUUACUUUUAUACGUGCUUUCGGUUUCUUAAAGUUGAAAAUAGCAUUUCUGAAUGAAAAUAAUUUUUCACACAAAUUUGUUCAAUCAUUGUUUCCUUUAUGUGAAUUUGCUAGGAUUGUUUUUGUUCCGAAAAUUAAUAUCUUAUUUUAUCAAGCACAGGCUGUAUUCACUUCUGAAUAAUAUUUUAUGAUACAAUUUUGUUUUUAUUCUCUUGUAAGGAUUAUAUUUCUGAAAAAUCUAUAUGGCUUUAUGACCGCUGGACUGUUACAUACACUAUUUAUUACCUUACUUUGAGUUUUUUUUACAUAAUUUGAUUUAUCUUAAGUAUAUUUAUCUGAGUUUAACCUUCCGUAGUGAAGUAAAGAUUUUUUCCAUAUACCUACAAACAAACUAUCCCUUUCUUUUCUAUAAGAUCAGUCCAUUUCUUGUCAAAAAUUUAAAAAAAAUGGUUACAUGUCAUUAUUGCUCGACAUCAUGAACAUUGUUUGGGAACUAAUUGAUAUGAUUCGUAACAUAUAUUUGUGUUUUCCAGUUUAUUUCCUUCGGAUCUUGAUUUUAACUGAAUGAUGGCGAUUUUGUCUUUGUUCGAUUUUAAUCACACUUUUUUUAUUCCUUAAACUGUGGCAUUUUUACAAUGAUUUGUACCUGCAUGUUUUUUUAAAAUUUCAUUCUUGCUAAAAUCAUGAGCAAAUUUUAUAUUUACAAAACUUUCGAUUUUACAACUUAUAUAGUUAUACUCAAAUUUAAUACUGUUAAAAAAAUCCAUCGUUCUAAUAAUUCAUAUUGUCUUUGAAUCAUAUUACGAUGUAAAGUGCACUUAUAUCUUUAACUGAUUGUUUUGAUUUUUUCCUGAAAAUACUAUCGGCUUGAGUCAGCACAUUACACAGAAAAAAAUCAGUUAAAAUAUAUUGGAGUGCGUACGUAAGCAUGAGGGAUAAUCAGACACAAACAUUCAAACAAACACAGUCCAUUUGGCAGAAAUAUAAGAAGUGAAUUGAAAUGCAACAUAUUUUGGAUUCCGGGCCAUAUUAUGAUAGCCAAAUCACUUAAAAGUACUUUUGAUUAAAGUUUUACUUGUGCCAUAGGUCAUACAAUAUGAAGGUUAUCUUUUUGCACAUUAUGUAAAAGAAAC